ACAAUUACACUUUAACCUGUUUAAUUCCUUCUUCUUCUUCUUCUUAUUCUAGUCCUCACCAUUCACUCACAAAACCAAAGAAAAGAAACCAGAGAGAUGGAUCAAAUAAAACCGGAGUUUCUGAAGAAAUUGACCAAGUUUAUAGCAGUUUCGAUGUGGAUUUUAUCUCUUUUAACCAGCCACGACUUCUAUUUAUAUAGGUUCAUGAUCCAACUCGUAACACACGCAGUAGAUAAAAACUACAUGUUCCUCCUCUGCAAUGGUCUCGUAGUGGUUGUUGCUAAGUGUUCUGGUUUGGUCGCUUCGUCCAAACCAAUAGAGAAAAUUUGGAGUAAUACCGAUAAAACCUUUGAUUAUGGAGAUUUCGAGAGUUACACUACGAUACUGGAGCUAGAGUAUAAAUCUGAUCAUGGAAUAGGAACAGAGUCCUUUCUUGCAGAGGAAGUUACAGUGGAGGAAGAUACAAAACAUCAAGAAACCGAGGACAACGAAGAAGAAGAUGACGACGACAACACAUUAGCAGAUAAUGAUGGAGAGGAAGAGUGUGGUCUUCGUGGCGGAUCUAUAAACGAGGAAGAAGAAGGGAACGUAGGAGUGAUGACAUCGACGGAGGAGGAGAUGAAUAAGAAAUUCGACGAGUUCAUCAGAAAGAUGAAGGAAGAGCUUAGAAUCGAAGCUAAACGGCAUUUAAUCCUUGUUUGAGUACUUUCUAAUUAAUCAGUUUUGUUUAAGUUUAAUCAAACGCAAUUUGCUCAUAUAGAGAGCGAGUUACGUUUUCUAGCUUCUUCUACAUCCUCCUAGCCUCUGUAAGCAUCUCUUUUAAUGGAAUCCUUUUUAAAUCUAAGUAA